UCUUCCUCCCCUCCCUUCCUCCCCACCAGCCUCCCUCCCUCCCUCUCUGGAGCCCCUGCUCACCCUCCCGCCUCUCCCGUGCUCUCUCUCCUUCCUCCCUCCCUCCUCUCCCGCUCUCCCUCGUCUCUCUCGCUUUAGACGGCCCCCACAGCAGUUCCCAGCCAGUGUGCUCAGGCUGCUUGCCUGCCUGCCUGCUCUGUGUGUGUGUGUGCGCGCGCGUGUGUGUGUGAGUGUGUGUGUGCGUGCGUCUACUUUGUACUGCGAAGAACACAGCCCAUGUGCUCUGCAUGGACGUUCCUGCUACUCUGUUGAGCUUGAUUCUCGACAAGCAGGCAAGAUGUCCAGCACGCCACAUGACCCCUUCUAUUCUUCUCCUUUCGGCCCAUUUUAUAGGAGACAUACACCCUACAUGGUGCAGCCAGAGUACCGAAUCUAUGAGAUGAAUAAGAGACUGCAGUCUCGCACCGAGGAUAGUGACAACCUCUGGUGGGACGCAUUUGCCACUGAGUUUUUUGAAGAUGAUGCCACAUUAACCCUUUCAUUUUGUUUGGAAGACGGACCAAAGCGAUACACUAUCGGCAGGACCCUCAUCCCCCGUUACUUUAGCACUGUGUUUGAAGGAGGGGUGACUGACCUCUAUUACAUUCUCAAACACUCGAAAGAGUCAUACCACAACUCGUCCAUCACGGUGGACUGCGACCAGUGUGCCAUGGUCACCCAGCACGGGAAGCCCAUGUUUACCAAGGUAUGUACAGAAGGCAGACUGAUCUUGGAGUUCACCUUUGAUGAUCUUAUGAGAAUAAAAACAUGGCACUUUACCAUUAGACAAUACAGAGAAUUAGUCCCAAGAAGCAUUCUAGCCAUGCAUGCACAAGAUCCUCAGGUCCUGGAUCAGCUGUCCAAAAACAUCACCAGGAUGGGGCUAACAAAUUUCACCCUCAACUACCUCAGGUUGUGUGUAAUACUGGAGCCAAUGCAGGAACUGAUGUCGAGACAUAAAACCUACAACCUCAGUCCGCGCGACUGCCUGAAGACCUGCUUGUUCCAGAAGUGGCAGCGGAUGGUGGCGCCCCCAGCAGAACCCACAAGGCAACCGACCACCAAGCGGAGAAAAAGAAAAAACUCCACCAGCAGCACUUCCAACAGCAGCGCUGGGAACAACGCCAACAGCACUGGCAGCAAGAAGAAGACACCAGCCGCAAACCUGAGUCUGUCCAGUCAGGUACCUAUUGCUAGCAUUGCUCAUUCUCCGGUGUCAGGCUGCCCACUAAGGACAUAAACUCGGGUGGUUGGUACACAGCAGGAGGCGAUGUUUAUUUCCUGUAGAAAUCAGAUAUGCCUCUCGUCCCUCCCCCACCCGACAUCGACACUUGACCCCAUUGUACAUUACACAAGUGUGUCUGUCCUAGCUUCCCCGACUCCUCCCACGAUUUUUUUACGCUGCACUUCUCUCUUCCAAGGUUUCCCUGUAAUAAUGUCAGCUGCUGUUCACAGGACGUGAUGGUGGUAGGAGAGCCAACUCUGAUGGGAGGAGAGUUUGGGGACGAGGACGAAAGGCUAAUCACUAGAUUAGAAAACACGCAGUAUGAUGCGGCCAACGGCAUGGACGACGAGGAGGACUUCAACAAUUCCCCCGCCCUGGGGAACAACAGCCCUUGGAACAGUAAACCGCCUGCCACUCAAGAGACCAAAUCAGAAAACCCCCCACCCCAGGCUUCCCAAUAAGAACAUCUGCAUCCAAAUCCACUCUCAGUAGGCCAGUGGGUCAGAAUUACUGUUCCAGGUCUUUAUUUACAGGAGAGAAAAGACGAGAAAUACACAAACUUUUCCACGCAAAUACUUAUUUCUAAACCACAACAAUCUGAUUCUCUUUCUUUCACUUUUUUCUCCUUUAAUUGAAAGGAUCGUUCCAAAUAAGCUUCUGUGACCCUACCUUGGAGGCUUUCGCAGGUAAUACAGAUACUGGCACUGAUUGUAAUUCAAGCAAGCAAAUGCUAGUGCAGCUCCUGGCACGUUUUUAAUACCACGUUUGUGUUGAAUAUCCUUUUCACGCAUUCAGCGAAGGCCAUAUUGUCCAUAAGCCCUCAGUGCUCAGGACCUCAUUAAUUAUGCUGAUGACUUUUUAAUAUUGUAAAAUAUUUUCUGCUUUUUGACUUGCAUCUGAAGGUUUCUUGUUUCAGUAAAAAAUGAAAAGAAAAAAAAAUCCACUUUUGGAAAGUAAUUUCAAUGUACUUUUCUUUCCUCUUACUCAAGUUUUCUUUCAUUGGGUAACAGCUAAAAGGGCCCAGUGAGGAAAUUUAUGGGCAAGCUGAUGUCAGUUGGCUCUUGAGUAAUUUAGCCCGAGAGCUGAAACAAGAAAUGUCUUUUUGUCAUCAAAGACACAAAGGCAGAUUUUUAUGUGAAGAAAGACACUUGGCCCCUGGAGAAUUUAUGCAUUUGUAAAAUUGCUGUUGAUCCAAAUAUUUUCAAGCCAUGUAAUCCAUUAAUUUUGUGGGCAGUUUCAUAAAUCUGAAACUUUUUUUUGUUUUAAUUGUAUUUGAGUUGACUGUUCUUUCUUUUCAUAGUAUAUUUCUUGUAUAAUAUUUUGUAAAGCCCUCAGCUGGUUCUUUUAUGGGGACUUUUCUUUUUUGGGCAAUUCCAGUGUAUUUAUGUGAAACUUUAUAAGAGAACUAAUUUUUCCAUUUGCAUAUUAAUAUGUUCCUCUACACAUGUAAAGACACAGUGGCUCCGUGUGUUAUCGAACAGCUGUAUUUUAUGUAUGCUUUACUGAUAAGUGUGCCAGUAAUAAACUGUGUUAA